AUGAGGAAGAGGAAAGGAGAAACUUCAAAGGGAAAUAAUGUAGGAAAUGGGUGGAAGCUGAUAUGGGGUUUAAAUGUUCCAAAUGUGGUGAAGCAUUUCCUAUGGAAAGCAGCUCAUAAUUUGCUACCUACAAAACUAAACCUGUACAAGAAACAAAUCACUGAGUCUAACUGCUGCCCAAUAUGUGAGAGGGAACUUGAAACAAUUAUGCAUGCUGUGUGGAGUUGCCCAGCUAUCUCAGAUGUUUGGGCUGAGAAUGACAGUCCAGUGAACAAAUGGUGUAGUUCAGAUGCAGUUUUUGUGGAUUUGUGGGGGAAACUCAAUGCUUUUCUCAAAGAAGAAGAGGUAGUGGUAGCAGCUUACAUUAUGAGAAAGAUAUGGAUGAGAAAAAACUCAUUGCUGUUUGAAAAGAAAUUUGAUCACCCGAGAACUAUAAUUUCUACUACAACACAUGGACUGAGGGAGUUAAAGCUUGCCCAGGACCAACUACAGAAAACUCAGGUGCAAGGAAAUGCUAACAAAAGUGUGACUAAACGGGAAAAACCAGAGGAAAGGGUGGUGAAAGCAAAUUGGGAUGCUGUUGUGGAUGCUAAAAGUAACAGGGUGGGAAUUAAAGUGGAUGUCAAGGAUUCAAAUGGAGAGUUACUAGCUUGCCUCAUAACAGCAUCCCGAAUGUGGUUGAAGCUUUGGGUCUAA